AGGCGAAUUCGGAAAUCUUAUUUCAUUAAAGGAUAUCUGUUAUAAAGGGCCGCAAUAUUCGUCUUUAGAAACACACGCCCAGUCGUAUAUAUAUGAAGAUAGUGCAUCUCUUCCCAAUAUUCCUUGCCUUGCCUAUUCUCUAGCUGGAUAUUGGAAUAUGGAAAAGGCAACAGUUAUCAACGAUCGGAGUUUUGAAAAAACUUUUUCUAGGCCCUUUAUGUUUACCUCUCGGCAACUUAACAUAAGCAAAGAUGCUGUCUAUUUCUAUGAUCCACAUACCUCUACUAUAAAAUUAAUCAUGACUUAUUUUAUUCCUGAAAAGUAUUCUUACGUUUGGAAACAGGCUUGGAUUACGGUUUUGUCUGGAACUGCGUGGAUCGCUAAGUACGACAAAGGUCGCGGUAAUUUGGUAAAUAAAGUUUUGUAUUGGCAAGAACAACGUACUCAGAGCCCUCAAGUUUUUAUUUUGAUUCUUUCAAAUAUUCUUCCGAUUUAUUACGCUUACUCCUCCUUUGUCAAAUUUAGGAAAUUGGGCUCAAAACAUUCGCUGGGUUCCGCUAGUGUCUUCAUCAUCUUUUUCAGUUUCCUAGCUGCCGUGGGCAUCUUCCACCUUUUCCAGUUUCCGUUGACUCUCGUGGUUAGCGAGGUCAUACCUUUUUUAUUUGUGGUGAUGGGCAUGGAGAACUACAUCCACUUGGCAAGGCUCGCCACGACUAGUUUGCUUCAGGAAUUCCAAAGAAAUUUUUCUAAGCAAUCGUGUAGUCGUUUAAACCGUUUAGGCGAGAUCCGCAUCUUUAACUCCAUUGCAAAAAGUUAUGCAGCCUGUUUUACAUCUGUGAUGGUAGAUGGCGUGCUCAAAACGGUAGGCAUUGUGCUUAUUCAAGCGUUAGGGCUUUAUGAUAUGGGAACCUCCUGUCUGCUUGCCUGCGUCUCGCUCCUCAUCAGUCACGUGCUGUUUAACACCUUUUUCUUGGCUGUUCUUGCCUUGAAGUUGGAAAACAUGAGACUCAUGCUCUACUGUUGGCUUACGAAAAGUUUUUUCAGCCACUCUACCUCUUCCCUCGAGCCAGCCGACUCCCUUUUACCCAAUCAUGCGGACGCCAUAGACAACUUAGAGACUGAGUCUAUAGUUUCUAGUAAAGGAAAACUUAUUGCUAUUUUUCUGGGCAUAUUCAUCUGCUACACUAUGUUUAAUUCUGCCAUCCACCAGGACGACUCGCCAGCCCUUGGGCUUCCGCUGAGUGAUCUUCGGAAAUAUUAUGAGGAGCAACUUUUUGGCGACGUUGUCCUUUCCUUCUUUGAGCCUGCCAUUUCAAUUCUAAUGUGUUCCUCUCCUUUGAAGCACUGCCCUCAGCGCUCCCGCUCUCUUUUCACUAUCCAGGCCCUUUUAGUCAACUUUAUGCCUUUCGAUGUGUCCAACCUUCUUACCUACAUACCACGUGUUAUUCUUCUUCUCGACACCGAGGCAUUGAUGGUCUUGAUUCUGUUCGGCCUCGUACUUUUCGCAUGUUUCAAGUACAUCUUUCUCGACAAGAGCUGCGGAUUCCUCGAGCAGCUCACCACACAGCUUAAAAACUCCCCUUCUACUAAAGAGUUCAGCGAAUCAAAGCUACCCGCCACCGUAGAUUUGCCUGUAAAUACAAAGCCCCAGGAGAGCACUGACGCUAUAUGCAGUUUUCCGUUGUGCAAGUUUGUGAUUGGGACGGACAGCCCUGUCGAUAGCGCCCGUUCGAGUUUAUACGACCUUCCCGUUCUUGCGCAGGCUUCCAGUACUGGCGAUUCAGGUAUUGAUGAAGAGGACUCCACUGAGGCAGGAGCUUCCCGACCUCUUUCUGAAGUCUGGGCGCUAUUUAACAAGUACGGGGCUUCUUCUCUUUCCGAUAGGGAGAUUCUUCUGCUCGUGAAAGAAAGUAAACUUCCUGCGUAUAAGCUGGAGAAAGUCUGUGAUGACGCUCUUCGUGGCAUCAAAAUACGACGAAAUCUAGUGAGGGAGUUUAGUCGAAUAAGCGGGACCUUGGACGGCGUGCCUUUCUUAAAUAUGGAUUAUAAGAAUGUUCUUGGGGUCUGCUGCGAAAAUAUUAUAGGAUACAUUCCCGUCCCUGUGGGCGUAGUGGGGCCAUUAACCCUUAACGGUUCGGACAUCUAUGUGCCCAUGUCUACCACAGAAGGUUGUUUGUUGGCCAGCACGCACAGGGGUUGCAAAGCAGUGAAGCUUUCCGGAGGCGUCACCAGCGUCUUAUUAAAAAACGGAAUGACUCGUGCGCCCGUUGUCAAGUUUUCCUGCGUUACGAAAUGUUUGGAACUUAUAGAGUGGCUUCGUAUUAGGGAAAACUAUGAGUCCGUCAAGUCAGUCUUUGAGUCCACCAGUCGGUUUGCUAAACUGCUUAGACUUUCCCCUCACAUGACUGGCCGCAUGGUGUAUCUAAGAUUCCGCGUAUUUACGGGUGACGCCAUGGGCAUGAACAUGAUUUCCAAAGGCACGGAGAAGGCUUUGGAGCAUCUUCAAAAUCUGUUUCCGGAUAUGCGGAUCAUCUCCCUCAGCGGAAACUUUUGCACUGAUAAGAAGCCCGCCGCUGUGAACUGGAUACAGGGACGUGGAAAGUCGGUCGUUUCGGAGGCUAUUAUCAAGAAAGACGUUGUGGAAAACCUUCUAAAAACAACAGUAGCUGCUUUAGUCGAGUUGAAUACUUCUAAGAACUUGAUUGGAUCCGCCAUUGCUGGCUCUCUAGGCGGCUUUAACGCCCACGCUGCUAACAUUGUCACGGCGAUCUUCAUUGCUACUGGCCAGGACCCCGCGCAAAAUGUCGAAUCGUCCAAUUGCCUCACCUUCCUCGAGGCGCAGGGCGAUGACCUAUACAUAUCCUGUACCAUGCCGUCCGUCGAGGUCGGUACUGUCGGUGGUGGCACUCAGUUGCCUGCUCAAGCAUCGUGUUUGUCUCUGCUGGGCGUGGAGGGGCCUUGCAAGGACCACCCUGGUGAACACGCCGCCAAGCUAGCCCUCGUCGUCGGUGGUGCCGUCCUUGCUGGCGAGCUAUCGCUGCUAUCUGCCCUUGCAUCUGGCCAUCUUGUUCAAAGCCACAUGACCCAUAACCGCUCUUCGCAAAACCUUGCGGGGACCUCUGCCGGGCCGGGGACGACUAGCUCAUGUUAGUCCACUUCCGCCCGUCCUUAAUUUUAUGGCUGUUCUCCGCUUUCGUUGCACUUCUGUCUACGCGCUUCAGUGUUUACUUCUAUGAGACUGUUAAGGCUUGUAA